CACAACCUGGGACAGCGAAAAUCAAGAUGUUUUCCUCAUGAUUUUGGAAGAUUUCCUUUAAAGAAGCAAAACGUCGAAGUGAAGAAAGGUAUCGGUUUAUGUUCUUCGGAUAAUUAUUCAUUUUGAUGGUGCUAUAUAAGUUAUUAUUUAGUUGCCAUAAGACAGGAAAGCUACACGUGUGUUUGAGUGCAGAAUUAUCAAACUCAGGAAGAAAUUAAACACUGUUUGGCAAUCACACUAUUUCUCAAGACGGCUACAAGAAUUCAUGGCCGUAGCAAAAACUUGUGGACCUCAAAUAACCGCAAAAGGAAUAUGCAGGAGGACGUGACAUGCCGAAACAUUUAACUUCCGCCGUGAAACCUCUAAGAACCUUUCUUUCAUUCAAGAAUUUUUAAAAUGUUUUGAAGUCGCUAGCCCCAUCGGCUUGCUCCUUUUUUAAUUUUAAGACUGCCUGUUAUUUUCCUUGAUAACAUUUCACUUAGUUUGUUAGUAGCAAGAGAAAAAUACCAGGCUCAGCAGAUUCUAUAUCGACAGUUGUUGUAUUCUACAGUAAAUUUCGCUAUUAAUUCGAUUUCAGUUUCCCCCGUCCUCAUACGUUUGGCUGCCAGAAAAAAAAAUGAAAAAAAAACUGAAUACAAAGAUAUGAGGCCAUGUGGGUCCAAUAUCAUUGGCCAAACAAUUUGAAAUGUUUAAUAACAACUCGGUUAAAGGAGCUGUGUCACGAAAUUCAGCCAAUUAGGAAAUUACAAAAUGCCCGUUAAAUUAGGAGAAAUAUAAAAAUAACCGCUUAAAACUUUAAAGGAAGGUUAAAAUAACAUAACCGAAACAACAGAUGCCACAGAUGGGCAAAACUGAAGAAUAUUGAAACGGACUGAAAUUAGGGUUUUUGAAAACUGUUCAGCCUAACAGUUUUUCAAAGUUGAUCCCUGCUGCUUGCAAAUUCAAAAAUAAUGCUCAGGAGACAUUUUUGUUUGUCUCGGAUCUCUGGUUUUGUCAUUUACCUGUAAUUUCUUUGCUUACUUUAAGGUCCAUAGCGAUUGAGGGCGAGUAAUUGGCAAAAUUAAACAAAAUGAACUGGACUGCCGUGACACAGCCCCUUUAAGGCGAAAACCCGAUGUACUGUCAGAGGGAUGAAUAAGGUAAAAGAAAAACCAACAAAUACACCUUAAAUCACAUCAUUUAACUUCGAAUUAUUUUGUUUUAUGGACUCCUGUGGUGUGGCAGAGAAAAAAAGAACAGUUGAGAACAGUUAUCGCAAAUUCAACAUGUUAGCAAUACUCUCUUCCCUUGGUUGGCCUGUGCAUGUGCAGCUACUCUGGAGUUAAUUGUAAACUAAUUAAUUGCCUCAUAUUGACUUCAAGCACGUGCUUUUUAGUGUCACGCAACCCUAUCGAACAAACAACAACUUUCACAUGGGUAGUCGUUUCUUUCCUGAACCUGACUCAGUUCAAUUGAUCAGUUGUUCUCAGAUCUUCACAUUGUGUUGAUCUUUGGUCUGAACAUGUGCGAGAGGUUUUAAGCACGUAAUUCACGAAACGGGAAGUAUACGGAUGUUUAAAGACCUUGAAGUUCCCUGAUAUUAGUUUUAUUCCGCAAUCAGAUCACAGUGAAGAUGUUAUCUUGCAUGCUCAGCAAAAGUCAAGAUUCUACGGCAGAGCUGAUCUUUUAGUCGAGAAAAAUCACGUUAUCACCGAAUAGUGCCAAGUGAUAUAGGUUUAUGUCCAGAGCAUCUCUUCAGCAAGAAGUUUGAUCGCCGCAUUCCAGACGCCAAAGAAAUAUGCCAAAAGACGCUUCGAGUAAAAACAAUCUCAUUUCGGAUGAGGAGAGUGACAAUGUCGAUGCAAAAGAGGUGAGUUUAGUCUAGAAACGGAACAUUUACAAGAACACUGAUAUACUCUGAUCCCAAGAAAUAAAGUCAAAUUCUCAGUCGCAAUUGUUUGGUGUGACAUGUAACAUAUAUAUCGGCACAUUAAUAUGAUGUAUGAAGUGUACUCCGCGAAAGUCAUUGACUAAAAGUUUAAUGAGCAGCGAAAAGUCAUUGACCACAAGUUCAAUGAGCAGCGAAAAGUCAAGACCUAAACGUUAAUUUUCUAGUUACGUCGAAAAGAACCGAGAUUUGAUUUUCUGAGUUAAAACAAGAUGCAUUAUUGUAUUGUCACUCGUUAGCGCAGCAAAGAUCAACUUCUCCUAUUUUAUUUUUCUAGAUGACAGCGCCGCAAGAAACCAAAACAUCGUGGAUCUGGGGCACAUUCAGAAAGCGAACAUGUCGAUGGUAUAUUCCUUCUGAAGUAAAUGAAUAUCGGUGAGUAAAGACAAGAGUUCUUGUUCGUAAACCUUUACGCUAAGAAUCGACUACGACGAUUUUUAACAGUGCUCUUUCCAAUUCCAUUGCCUAUCUCAUACUCUACUUUCAGAAAUAUUUGUUGCAAUUUCACGACUUUAAGCAUGUUAGUUAGUAGUGUUUGAAUGUUUGCUAUAAAUACCUCAGACUGUUCAAUCAAAAUUGUAAAUGAACAUUUUCUUUAAUAUUGGUUCGUCGACCGUUAAUUAGUUUUAACUUGUAUUUGCCACAUAAAGUGUAUUCUUUGAUUGGCUACUGCCAGACGACUUUUUUGAUUUCACAAUAAACAUACACGCAAGCUGAUCAAAUAAACGAAAAGUAUUCCGUUUGUUAUUGUACUUUUAUAAUUCAGAAAAAGGCAGUACAUGCUAAGUGACCGAAAUAUACAGACCGGAAAAUGAAUAGCACGUGUAGUCGGGCAAGUGGUCAAGCGUGUCUCCGGCAGUUUAUACUAUAUUGAUUAUAUACAAGAGAUUAUAAGAUUACACCAUCUAUCCCUAGCAAAGUCAUUGUAAUAUUAUGCAGUUUGUAAAAUAAUAGAUUUCGGCAAAAUUUAUUUUAUUUUCAGUGAUGUAAACAAGGGCAUUUAUCGAUGGAAAUUUGAACUUUAUGGAUUUGAAUAUGGAAAAAAGGAAUGGCUCUAACCUACGUAUAUGUCGAGAUUUAAAUUUUGGAAAACAAAUUUAAGAUUGGCUUACCUCACUUGUUUUUACUAGUGGUGGGUUUCUUCUUUCCUGCAUGGUCCCUGAAUCGAUUUGUAGUAAUGUUAUAGGUAAUAAAAAGGGUAUAUCCAGUCAGAAAGAAAUCUGGUCACCUUAAAACCCAUAUAAUGGCCAUAAAUUAGUUUAGGGUCUGCACGGGGAAGAAGAAUCACGCAACUUAAGUAAGGUAAGCCUUUUUUUUUAUCUUUUUUAGUUAAGUCCUCAUCAUAUGCUUAGCUUAAAAAACAAUUAUUUUAUUUUCCGUACAAAUUCUUUUCAACAGUGCCCAAGCUGGCAUGUGCGAGCUUGGGUUACCUUUGGUCUAUUUGCAAUUUAUCAGAAAUUUAUCGCACAUUUAACGUCCGCUUUCAAAUGUUUACUGUUCCUUGAAGUCAUGUUUAUAGCGAUUCUUGGUGAAGAGCAGGAAGACGACAACCUUAUAUAACUUUGAUGUAAUUUCGCGGUAGCCAUUAGAGAAAUUUAUAGUCACCUUUGAGGCAAACGGCAGCCCUGAAUUUGAUCCACGUGACCUUUCUUUUUUUUUGGUUUUUAACCGUUCCUUACUUCUACCAAAAAAAGUGAUUUCACGUUAUUUGCAUCCAUAAGAUUUGUUUAGACAGUUUUUAUCUGCUUAUUUUCUAUUUUGAGAAAUUGUUAGUUUGAGUCUGCCGCUUGCCGUUUGCUGUAAACUCGUGACUCAGAAAAGUCUCGGAACACAAUUGUAGACCGUUUCAUUAUAUUCUCGUGCAGAAAAAGACAAAAUUGGAACAGAAUUUAGAAAGUUCCGAGAAAUCGAUGAGCAAUAUCCAUAUUUGGAGCCACGAGCCUGUUUUUUUCCUCCAACAAAUAGAAGUAACAUCAAUAUUUAACUGUUUUCCUAUCUAACAAGAUAUUGGGUCCACUUGUGUAUAUUGUCUAUCACGAUCAGCUCCUGAUAUUAUUCAUUCAAAAUAAUUUUCCGUCUUACAUUGGCUCAAAUCCCCCGGCAAAUUCUUCAUAGUAAUUGCUUUAUCCCCUAAAAUGGCGUCAGUAGUACGGGCUGUCAUCAGGAAAAGCAGCGUCAACCGAGAGCCUUCGAGAUAAGAAUGUUUCAGCACAGCUGUUUUGGUAGCGCUGGAAAAAAAUCGCGGAAGAUUUCACCUGUUUUACGGACAGGAAAAAGCCGAACUUCUGCCUAAAAAAACAGAAAGAACGGCAAUAAUACAACUCGACGUAUGGUAAAUGCUAUUUGACGAAUAUCUUUAAAACUAAAUCUCUUUAUUCCGAGGAACCGGCAAAUUAAGACUGGAACUUAACAUCGGCUAAGUUGAUUUUUAGAUUAAGAAUUAUUAUUAUUAUUAUUAUUAUUAUUAUUAUUAUUAUUAUUAUUAUUAUUAUUAUUCUGGGUUUAAAAUUUUUAUCAGUUUGAUUUUAUUUUUUAAAUAGUUUUUUUUUUUUUAUCAACUUUUUGAUGAGAUAGUCAUUUUACAAGGAUUCUCUUUCGUAGAAAGAAAAAUGUACAUUCUUUUAAUAUUUCAUAUUCUUGCAGAUCGAAUAAAGGAGAUACUUAUUUAUUAUUGAAUGAGGCUGAGGGAUUGUUAUCGGCCGAUGUGGAUAUCCAUAACACCCUCCGAGAUAUGUAGAAUUCGUCAUAUCCUGCGAAAGCCGAAUAUUAUUCAUUCAAAAUAACUGCAAGUUUAAGGACAAGCUAAAACAUGCUUAUCUAGGUCGAUAUUAAGUUCAUGUCAAUAUAUAGUGCGCCUUUACCGGGAAGUUAAGGAGAUGAAGGGUUGUUCAGGUCUGCAAAUAUACUCCAGAUAGUAGAAGUCGUCCGUCGAGUUAUCGUCUUGCUGUUUUCGCCAUGUUUUUAGACAAUAGUUCGCCCUGAAACGAGUAAAAUGUUCCGCCAUGACUCACUUCGAAAACGACUUAAACUCGUCCCCAGGUCUUCUCGGUUAACGGUUCAAUAAUAUGCAACUUUUCUGCACUUUUGACGUCAUCGGUUCAGUAUGGCAAAAUUCUUCCAAAUUUGGUUAACAGUAGCUGGUUAUGAUGAUUUAUGUGUGAUUUCAGCUAAACAGAAACGGAGAAAUACUUUGAAUGAAUAAUAAAUAUAAUUAGCGUGAGUCUUUUCCAGUUGCUGUUGUGGAAGGAAUAAGCAGGAUCACAGUGGAGAUGCCUUAUUAUCUACUGGGAAAAAGGGCGAUGAAUGGGAAGUAUCUAAACAUACCGUCUCUAAACCCACUAAUGCUUUUGGAGAGCUCGAGUUCCAAGGAGCAGGGCAAGUCAGCCGCGCAAAGGUAAGUGGUGGACAUGCCAUGAUGAGCAGCAAACCGUUCGUUACUAACACAGUAGACGAGUAUCUUAGACGGAUUUGCAUGUGCCAGGAAUGCACAUGCGAAAAGUCAAAAUUAAUGUCUCGCUAGCGCUUCGCGCUUUGAAAACCGAUUUGAGAAAAUAACGGACUGUUUUUCAGUCUACCUUUAAACAGUUAAACAAUUUGACGAAAAUUUGAGCAAGUGUAGACGUAUUGCAAAGUCCACAUUAAAAAAUGAAAAUAAAUUAAAGUUAUGUAAGAAUUGCUCAAACGGUUUCAAAGUCGAUUUCUUUACAUCGUGUUCAACUACUGAAUGCAAAUUAUAGCGAUCACCAAACACGUUCUCGCUGGCUUUUUGCGCUUUUGUUUGUUCAUAAUACACGUUUAGAUUUAAACAUUUUUAAACACGUAUAACUGAAUUAUAUGCUGCACGUUGGGUUUGUUGUUAACAGAUUGUUUAAGCAUCUUUUCGAACCACUCAAGCAUCUAAACCUCUUGAGAAGGGUGCAUUUCUUUAAGGGAAUCCAUCAAAUUCUAGGGAGAAACUAAGAGAGUAGUUAUUGUGACGAAGCAAAGGAACCUUUUUUUGUGGAAAAAAUGCAACGUUUUCCCCGAUUUUGGUACACUCGAAAGCCGUAGUGCUAAGACCGAAAGAAUGAAUACCACUCUGUACUGAUUAAAAAAGGGAAAUUUAAUCAAGUCACCAGCGUAAAAACGAUUUGGGAGACGAGGUAAGGUUGAUUUGGACUCUGCGCCGGCGUACCUUCAAAAAUUUCCUAGCUACGCCUCUGCAGUAUCAUUUUUUAGGAGAAACCCGCUUGAAUAUGUCCUUUUUUUUAAGACUUAAUCCAAUAAAUGUAAUCUGAGGUGGAUUCCUUAGAUUCGAAGUUGUUUGUUUGUUUGUUUUAUUUUAAAACAGAAACUCGUAUUCCGUUUUUGGAUUUAAUCUUUUCUCGUUUUGGUCCAUCUACAGUACAUUCGGGUAUCUUAUGACACGGAUCCGGAGAAGGUUUUGCGCCUGCUCUUUACGGAAUGGAAGCUGGACUUACCCAAGCUACUCAUCUCUGUGACCGGCGGCGCCAAGAAUUUUGUUCUUAAUCCCAAACUGAAACAAGUCUUGAGGAAAGGUCUGCUUAAGGUACAGUUUAUGUAAAUUGUUGGCGAAAAGGGCUCUCCAUCCUACAAACUCAAGAGGAAUUUCUUGAUUCGAGAAAUGAUUGAGUUACUGUAAACGGCGCGAAGAGGCCGAUACUCGUUAACGACCCGCGCAAAUUAAGCCUAUGACAAUGUCUUUUUGUCCAGAGUCGAUUCUAGUAAACGUGGACUUUCUCCCAAAUUGAAAAAGACUAUAUAGAAAACGCAGAAAUUUAGUUCCUUUAAGAUCUUCAUCUUUUGGCUAAUAGCCAUGGUUCUAAGGAAAUUAAGGAUUAUUAUAUUCGCCUUGACAGGCCGCUCAAACUACAGGAGCCUGGAUCAUAACCGGUGGCACGAACACAGGUGUCAUGCGCCAUGUUGGCGAGGCGGUGCGCGGUCACACAGUCAUGUCACGUGGUGCCCAGCUAAAGGACAACACUCAGCAGGUUCAUUUAAUUGGUAUAGCGACCUGGGGAAUAGUGGACCACAGAGAGCACGUUAUUGGCAAGCAGGUAAGUUCAAGUAAAGAAACGAAAAGUUAAGCAAGGAUGGGAAAAGAAAACUAAUCCGCGCAUGACAAGUCAACCAGUAGACGAUCCAGAAUUGCAAGCCUAAUCUUUCGUCGGUUAUUUUAUUUGACGAACUUCAGGUUGAAAAUUAGCCACGCGGAAACGCCUUCUAGAAAGGAAAAAGCAGGACUAAAAUUUGUCAAGCUCUAACUUUGCUUAAUGUGUCCUUACUCAAAAGCACGUCUUCAGCGAUCAUUCCCUUGGGUUCUUGAAGUAACGAAGUACAUGAUCACUUCUAAGCCAAGUUCACCUUUUGCAACCAUUGUUAACAGAUGUAUUUUGGUGCCUUUGCUGAAAAAAAGUUGUGUUCUUUAAGUCGGGGUUAUCGCUAAAAACUCGGUAACAAAAUGUAACGUUAUUUUUAUGUCUUGCUACGAAGCCAAAGUCAUAAAAGUUGGGCUGUGAAUAGCAAAGUUUGAUUGGUUACAGCUAGUCUUAACUGUGUGAAGAAAUCAAGGGAGACUGAUCAGCUUGGGUUGGUUUGCUGAGCUUAACCAAUGUUACCCUGGCUCCAGAAAUCCGUUCUCAGGCUAAAUAUCUGGUCGUCGUACAAAACGGGUAAGGAAUGCCCGGUGUUAUCCGGUAUGAAUGAGUAGGUUUGUCCGGUCGAAUCCUUGAAUAGCCGAAAGUUUCACACUGACAUAAAUAUCGGGGUUUUUUUUCUUUUGGCUCUCCGUUUUUCCUUCUUGAGUGUCAACAUUUCUCCGUUGUUUUCUUUGACACGUUUCCGUUUGUUAAGUUGUUUUGUGGCAUUGCUGUUGUGUUGUAACCUAUUUUCCGACCGUCCGUUUUUCGCUUGAGUAGUUUAUUGUUUUCUUCUAAUCUCUAGCUUCUGUACAGUCAUCAUGAGUCAUAUGCUUUUCCGUACGCCAAUUCUUCGUACCUUGGGCGUUAUUAGCGUUGUCUCCUGAACCCGUUUUAAGUUAGAGUCCAGUUGCUUCGCAUGGUUAGCCGCAGUCUCCUUAUCACUCAUCUCAUUCUGUAGGUUCUCGUUGCAGUAGUAGUCGUAUUCCGUUACUAGCGAUUUCCCGUAAGUAAGUACAUGUACUUUGUAGUGUCUCUACGUUCAAAGUCUUCAUUUAAAUGCCCUUGACUAAGGAAAAGUGCCGUCUUUCAAUCAAUCAGUGCUUUAUAAUUUUGUUCUUUAGUAGCUACUGACCUCCAAGCUAACUACUUAGAGUGCAAGUAAAGCAGUUUUUUACUCCUGUAGUGCAUGGCUCAUGGUAGAUGUACGACGUCUACACGACUUAUGUCGACUGAACACUGACGAACUGCAGAUGAAUUAAUUCGUUCGGUGCGCUUGCUCAUACAAGCUAAUGAAAGAAUUGAAAGAAUUAUUCAAAAUUCGUCUCUGAUGAUGUACAUUGAGAUAAUCCUUAUGAUCGUUUUUCUUUUAGGAAGUGGUACCAUAUCAGAUGACUUCCAGCAUGAUUUCAAAAGGCGCAUGCUUGGACAACAAUCAUACUCAUUUUAUUCUGGUGGAUGAUGGGACAAUUAACAAAUACGGAGGAGAGAUUUCAUUCCGAGCCAGUCUUGAGAAUUGUAUCUCGCGAAAACAGAUGGAAAAAUCGUGCGGUAGGAACGGCUAUCCGUCAUACAACGUAUAUUCUAAUUAUAGAGUAUUUUCCACCUGUCAGGAGACUGUAACGUUGCACAAUGCAAUAGACUUUCAUGUAGGUAUAUUACUUUAUUAUAGAGCUCCACUGUUUAGAUUGUGGAUUGUACCCGUGUCAUUUAUUUUAUUUGUAUGCUUGUUUUUUUUUGUUGUUGGUUGGUUUGCUUCAUUUUAUGCGCUGUUUGUUGUAACAUGAAGGACUAACUCUGACUCACCUUGAUAAUGCGAUUGGACCUAGCCAAGGCCGUCAAUCAGAAUAUGAAAAAGUCGCAAAUUUUGUUGUUGGACGAUCAAAAAAUUGCAGAGGCCCUUUUGAUCAUUUUCGACAUUUGCUUUAACAUUCGUUGUAAUCUUCGAAACAGUUUGAACAGAUCGCCCAACAUUUAACAAGUAUUAAGAAAACUCAAAAUUGUUUUAAGCUUUUAUUCUUCUAACCUGGGAAGUCAUAGUUUAAUUAACAAUUAAUGAAUGAGGCUGAGUAUCUUAUGAAGAAUUAUGGAGAUCGAGGAGGGUGUUAUCCGUCGAGGCCGUAGGCCGCGGCGGAUAACAACCUCCGAGAUCUCCAUAAUUCUUCAUAUGAUACGAAAGCCGAAUUCAAUAAUUGUUUUAUUAUUCAUUCAAAAUAAUUUCUAGUUUCUAUCUUUGAUAGUGCACAUUUAGGGUUAUUCAGCUCCGCAAAUAUUCUCCAAAUAGCAGAUGUCGCCCUUGAGUUGUGUUCUUGCUGUUUUUGCCACGUUUUUAGUUAUCUUUUCGCCUAGUUCUUACCUUGAAACGAGUGAAAUGUCCGCCAUUUUUCAAGUUCACAACCAAAACAACUCAACCUCGUACCCAGGUCUUCUCUGUUAACGGUGCAUUAACCUGCAUGAACGCUUCAUUUUUGACGUCAUUUCCUCACUAAAUACAAAAUUCUUCCAAAUUUGGUCAUCAGUAACUGGUUACGGUGAAUUAAACGUGUGCUUUUAGCCAAUCAGAAUCGGGGAAAUAUUUUGAAUGAAUAAUAAAAAGACUUAACUUGUCUAAGACUGAGUGUUUGACUUUGAAAUAAGUAUAAAUGACAAUGAUUACGUGUUCAUUUUCUCGAAAAAUUUAACGUUCAAUCAACCUGUUGAUACUACGUUGUCCAACCAUCAUCUGAUUUAUAUUUUUAUACAUGGAUGCAAUUCUUGAAUGUCUCUACAGACCGAUCACAUGGGGUGCCUGUGGUACUGCUGGUCCUAGAGGGAGGACCUAAUACCAUUCGCACAGUGCUAGAGUCUGUGACCAGAAACCCAGCCGUACCGGUUGUUGUUGCUGAAGGCAGUGGGCGAGCGGCUGAUAUCUUGGCUUAUGCACAUCGCUUUAUUUCACAGAGCAGUGGGUAAAUGAUCUGUUGUAUUGUUAUGUAAGAAGAAGCUUGACACCGAGUAACGUUUCAGAGAAGCACUAUAAUAUAAACUGUUAGUAUUCGUCUUUAUAUGUUUAGUGAGUUUGCAACAGAACUCGAACUUCUCAUGAUAACGUGCCGCCAAUAAUGGACGUGAACAGAUUUCUCCACAAAACUGUAUUUCUGUCAAUCAAAAACCUUUGAAUGUUAAGGUUACAUCAUAGGGUUUUGUGUACAGACUCAAAGAAAGAAUUACGUAUGAAAAGGUUAAACACGCCUUUGGCUGAUUAUGAUUUAUAAUAGGAAAAUGCACGUGUCAAUCAAAUCCAUAAUUUUUCUAAUUGUAAAUAUCAUGUUUGCGAUUAGGAGCUUUUCUUUGUGCUUUUCUCUCAGCGCGCUUGAUGAAAUGGCGGAUGUUGUGGAACAUCACCAACUACUUCUUAAAAUCGAAAAAGCUUUUCCUGAAUGUGACGAAGAAGGCUGCUUGAAGAUCUACGAGAAUGUGCUGAGAUGCGUGGGAAACAAAAGAUAUGUAUGUCAGCACCUAAUAUUUUGUUGCUUUCGAAAUGUUACUUAUGUUAGUUAAAAAAAUUUUGCUGAAACAAUUUCGCAAGUCUUAAGAAACCUUGAUAUUAUUAAUUAACGCACUUAGCUUAACGUUUCUUUGUCAAGCGAAAAUAUUGAAUUAUCUUACUUAAUGGUUAUUAGAUGAACAAGGAGCCUAUUGAAGUAACCACGCAGACCUUGUUUCAUGCCAGAGAUGUUUCGUUCCUGAAUUUUCCUUUUUCCUUUCCUUUAGAUAACAGUUUUCAGUGUCAAUGAAGAAGGAAUGGAUAUCGACAGAGCCAUUUUAAAAGCGCUAUUGAACGGUACUCUGUUGUGAUAAAAGUGAUUUUUUUGGUUUUAUCUCUACUCAAGUGUUUAUGAAAAGUACGGUAUACCGACAAAAAACAGUGCUAGAAAUGUAGGGAACAUGCGCAAAAGCACUCGUUUAAUGGUAUCUAAUUAUGAAGACAAAGUACAUGUCUCUAAACACUCUUCAUAAAAUUUAGUUUUUCCCUAUCAAUCUGACAACAGUCUUCAAAGGCGUGGCUUGGAUAUUGUGAUUGGGAAGUAUACCAAUAAUGUAACAAAAUUCAUUUGAGAAUAAAAAAUCGCAUUUUGCUUUGUUCUCAUCGCGUAGCUGAUGCUCUUUUGUUAAAAAGCUUCUUUCAACGGAGUAUUUUCCCUCUUUUUCAGGCAGGCUGCUUAUCGAGAGUUAAGAUCUAACCUUAACUGUACAUAUACGUCACAAGUGACUAUCCUCGCCUCUUGCGUUUAUGGUCUAAACGUUAAGACUGUCCGUUACUCGACUAUUUGUUUGUUUUAUUCUCAAAGGUCACAAUUCUUCGCCUUCUGAUCAACUGAGUCUCGCGUUGAUAUGGAAUCGAGCAGAUAUCGCCAAGUGCGAAAUCUUUAAUAAAGAACGGAAAUGGGAGGUUUGAGCUUUUUUUCUUUGCUUAUCCCUCAAUAUAUCUUGCUACAAUUUGCGUCAAUAUUUGGGUGAUCAUUAUGCCCCUUUUUCAGAACGUAACCUUCACGAGUUUGCAAAACAUGGCUGUAAACUUGCUAUAAACCACCCCUGGUAUAUACCGGUCGUUUGUGUGGAGCCAUCACACUGAAAGAAGUUCAGUGGAAGGAUAGAAUUCGCAAUGAUUCACACAAGGCAAUUAGUAAAGAUACACCUUACGCCUCACAGAUCACCUGCUCUGAAGUGGGGAAACCAAGUAAUAAAAAACGAACCGUGAAGGAACUAAUAAAAAAUAAUAAUUUAACUAUUUAACUAUGUAAUGUAUGUGUGAAUGUUGAGUGUUAAGUGUUAUCGCUCGCUCCCUCCCUUUUUCCUUAGCUUACUAUAAACCGCUGAGGAUAAGAACUGUAUGCCUUUAAAAAGGCAAAGAAAUAACAACUAACAUGACAUCAUGAAUGCUGGUUUGUUAGAUCCCAGUGUUGGAGAGUGCCAUGUUUGAAGCUUUAGUAAAAGAGCGUGUGGAGUUUGUGGAUCUACUGCUCGAGAAUGGUGUCAGCAUGUCAUCUUUUUUAACAGCUCAGCGACUGGAAGACCUCUACAGAUCUGUACGUUAUCGUCCAUGCUUUUCAUUUAUUUAUUCUUUCCUUUCUUUCUUUCUUUCUUUCUUUUUUUUUUUUUUAAUAAACCAACUAUAGUAUAACAGUAAUGGCAAACGUUCUACAUUGUUGGUUGUGUUUUUCAUUCUUUUAAUAGACGGCAAGAAAAAGUUGCACAUUGCGUCGUCUGCUUGGAGGGAAAAUGGUGAGCAUCACCUAAUUAGCUGAGAAGGUUUGCUUGUUCAGUUUUUUGAGGCGUUUAAGGAUGUGCAUUCCUCUUCUUUGUUGUAUCUCUGUACGCAUACUUGAAAUUUGUCUGAUAUAUGUUUUAUUGUAGGCACUUCGUUCCUUCAAACUUGCCGACAUAGUAACCAUUUUAGAGCGACUACUUGGGAUAACUUUUGUCAACCCUCAUCACGAAUAUGGAUCGAUUAAAAGGGUAACUUAGCUAUUACUUUAUGUACUAGUAAAGUCACCUAGAAUACACAGGUUAUGGUGAAAUGCUAGAUUGCAGGUGACGUUACAGCGGCUAUGUUGGUUGUCAAGGACAAAACCAUUUCUGUCCUCUGAGAACUAAAGCCAUUUUCAUGAAAAUUCUUCGAAAAUAAUUUGAUUGUAUCGACCACCAACAUGGCAGACUUGUCACGUGGUUGCGAACCAAGAAUACGCGAUUUGCAAAGACACUUACCAGUCACCCAAUCGCUCUACGGAGUCUUUUCGGCCAAUUACUUAAUAUAUUUAUUUAUUUAUUUAUUUAUUUACACCUUAUUUAUCUUACCAUCGUUACCUGCAGGGUCUAGCCAACAUGAAAAUGUUUAUGUCCCACUCAGCUAAAGAUGACGACAGCUAUUUCGGCAUCGGAUUCCGAUUGCCAUAUAACGAGCUGUUACUCUGGGCUGUGCUUUGUAAUUUUCAUAAAAUGGCACUUUUUAUGUGGGAGCGUGGUGACGAGAACUUGGCCAAAGCGCUAGUGGCGGGAAAACUGUUCAGAUCUCUGGCGAAAGAGAUGGCUAAAGAUGAACUGAAAGGUGACGUAUCCGAGGAACUUGAAGCUCAUUCACGGUAAGGCCUUGUUUUAGUAGUCAUUUUAUAACCUCGCUGUUUAACACUUCAAAAUUAGUAUUGAUCUGAGUUGUCUUGGUUCUGCAGUACUAUACUACUUAACGUCUUCACUCGACCCAUCGAGGUUACGCGUUUUUCAAUUGAUCGCCGGCUCUACUUUAAAGUGGAUGUCUUUUUAUAAACGGGAGCUUCGCCUUUAGACUUGGCUAAAUUUAUAUAUUGGUUUCCAGUCGAAGUUUUCCUUAAACGUCAUUACUGCUGUGCAUACUAUUUAGGAAUAGAUUGAUGUUGCCGGAUAAUCCUGAUUUUAAAAUAGUGGAAUUCUCUCUCAAACGGACUGGUAUGGCCGGUCAGUGCUAACCAAAUAAUAAGCGCUAGUAAAUUCAUCGGCAACAUGUCUCCAUCAGCGCAACUGAUGACUGGCCUCUGUAGUGCUGUUGUAAUCAGUAAUGAAUUUGCCGUUUGUGAUUUCUUAUGAUCAGUGAGUUUCUAAGCAUCGCACUGGGUCUGUUGGAUGAGUGCUACCAAACAAAUGAAGACUUGGCCCAGCAACUACUCACUUACAACCUGGAGAACUGGGGAGACCAGUGUUGUCUGUCGCUUGCUGUUGCUACGCGACAUGAGGAAUUCGUGGCUCAUACGUGUUGUCAGACACUACUGACAGAGAUCUGGAUGGGUGCAAUGAAAUUGGACGAGUGGGCUACACUCAAGGUAACAGUGAAACACUUGCACGAUGAUUUUCAUCUACAUUUAAUGAAAAAAGAAAAAGAUAUCUUUUCAAAAAAUCUCCAAACAUAGUCCGAAAUCAGUGUCACAGGAACAUGCUUUUCAAAACAUACAGAAUUCAUCGUUUAAGCUCAAUGUCUGCACCUUUAAAGAAAUCACGCUCAUUAAUUUACAAACAAACGUCAUAAUGUCUAUAAUCUAGUGUCUAUAUAUAGCUACUCCUAGUAAACAGACUGAUGAAAUGGCAAAAUGAAAGUUGAAAGGUACUCUCUAGUAGAGCGCAAGUCCAAAGCCAUCGGCAAAACGCGAACACUUUUAGUUUAGAGGCCUGGAUAGGGAAUUAUGGGAUCGGUCGUUCAAGAAACUUCUGCUGGACAAUACCGUCUGCUGACAUUUUUACGCGUACGAACACAGACUACCUAAUGAUAAGUAACCCACACUGCCAUUUUCGACUACUAUAAGGUCAUUAAACCAUAUUUAGUCUAAAUAUCUUAAUAGCAGAAUUUGAUUUGUAACAUUUCCAGACUGUGCUCGGAAUCUUGUGUCCUCCCACAAUUCCAUUCAAAGAGUUUAAGAACAAGAAAGAAUUGUGCCAAAUGCCAGUAACCUUCGAAGAAUACGAACAAGAGCAAGCAAAGUCGGACCAAGAUGAAGAGGAAACUUGUGAGAGAAACUCAGAAAAGCUCAACGGAAACGUUGCUCAGUUCAGUAAAGGUGACUCGCAAGUUAACCUCAGGUAAUUGAAAAGUGUGAGAAGUCGGCAAACAUUUCACAGGAGCCUUUUAAGAAAGGGCAGCGAAUGAUUCUGGCGAGGGGGGUGGGGAGAGGAGCAAGGGGGAGUGGGGAAAGAUCAGCGAUGAGUGUGAUAUCACUUCAUACGUAAUCGAAUUAAGCACGUGCAAAGUUAACAUGAGCAAUAAAUCGCGAAAACACAUCAAAAAAUAUAUAACUUAGCAGCAUUUUAAUUACAAAAUUAAUUACAUUCUUCACUCGCCCGUCUGUUGCUGAUUCAUCGUCUUCUUUAAUAGCCAUAGUAAUAUAACGAUCUGAUUUCCUUUACUCACUGAACAUACACCGUCAAUUUCAGAUUUUGCGUCUCACAGUGUCCACCCUUUCUGUUAUCGAGGGAUGACAAAUGUCCGUCGGAAGUAGAAAUUAGAUAAUAUGUCUUUCCAAGUUGCGCGUAAAGAUCUUUUAAAACAACUUGCUUUAUUUGUUCAGGGUCUUUACAUUUCAGCAGCAGUUUGCCAUCUGAUGCAUCGCACAUUUGGUAUCCACUUGACCCAACUAACCACACGUUUUCAAACAUCAUAUCGUAAGGCAUUCUUCCAUCUACGUCUUCAACGUUCGGACAUACUAUAGCAAGUUUAUCUCCUGCGCUCAUAACUAGCGCUUUGUUUCCACCAGCAAAAUUUGGGCCUUCUCGGGACCAUUUUACCGGGACGAUCAAGCAACUUGCCUUGAAGAACACGGCGUCAAAAAUCAGUGAUAAUAGAAAUAAAUUUGCCAAAGCCUGAAAAGUCAUUAGCCGUGACAGUCGAUCGCAAUUGGACUUCGCUGCCUUUGCUAUUCUAUUCCUUGGUUAAAAAACAACAUCUAUGUCGUUUCGUUUUAAUAUUUUACUUGUUAGACAUAGAAGGCGUUUUGGUCCCCACCUCUGACAGUGUUUUAGCUGGUUACCAGACAAGAUAUCAUUUACCUGUGUAUUUUGCAUGCAGGUGCCAUUUUUGUUGUAAUCAAAGCGUUUCAAAUGUCGCAGCGGUUUUCUCUCAAUUUCGAAUUUGAAUCAGUUGCGUUUCUAGGGUGUAAUGUGCGAUAGUUUGCUGUCCUUAGUGUUCCCUUGAAAUACUCAAUAACCAGCACACAAAUAAUCGAUGUAUCAGUGGAAGGCCGGACUGGCAAUGAAGCCUUGCAUGUAUAAAAGCCGAUUCCCUUGUCUCAAACCUUAGCCAGUCACUGUGAAAGCAUUUUUUUACCUCCACAAAUACAACACAAUGGGCUUGGGCUCCUUACGUAAGUUCUCUUAACAAUAUAGGAAGUUUCUAGGCGUUGUUUACCUGGGGGAAGCCCCUGGCGGCUACUCAGCAAAGAUUUAUACAGCCGGGAAGGCUCCGCCCCAAGCUGCCCCAAAGUCCAACCCUUUAUUUUUGACAGAAAACGUUGUUCCUUUGUAUACCUUCCAUCAAAAAUUUGUACCCCUUUUACAUUCUAUCCGCUUAGAAGAGAUUUCCAUCUCAGUAGUAAACACAAAACUUUCAUCUUGGUUAAAUGCAGGCUUUCGCUACAACUUUGUAAUAGAUCAUUCCAGAACGCAACCAAAGAAAACCCUCCUAGCACAUGUUUGGAAGACUAAACUAAUCUAGGCCAACCGCAGGCGAUUCAUAUCUCCUUUGUUCAAGAGAGGGAUUGUAAUAAAUAGCGAUUCAAAGGCAGAAAAUCCAUUUAGCGGUUCUUAGCACCAAUGCUGAUGGAAUUGUAAUUUGGAAAUAUUUUGGUGUUGUGGAGAAGGUCAAAAUGUAACCCGAGAGCCGGGAAAAAUUAAACCACCACAAGCUGAACCCACCUAUGAAUUAUCCUCCGGGUUCCAAGCUGGAAUCAGUCUCUCUAAAGUCCCAAAAAUUACCCGGCCCGGAAAGCUGUUCUGUUGACGUUCAAGAUCGAUGCUUCAACAGUUCACAAUAUGAUAGAACAAUCAAAAAACAAAACUCAAGCAAGGACCGACGCUUUUAUUCUUUAGAUUUUUUUCUAAUACAGUCAACUCCCUUUAUAGCGGACACCUUGGGGACCACGAGUUAGUGUCCUCAUUAGCGAGAGUCCGUAAUAGCGGGACUUUAUUUCAGUCAAACGUUUGUAAAUUAUUUUUGCCUCGGAUUUAGCUGCUGUCCGUAUUAUCGGAGUGUCCGCUAUAGAGGAGUUUUCGCAAGGCGAGAGUUGAUUGUACUUGCUUUAAUCCCCGAAACGGAACGGGGGUAUUCGAGAAACAGCUGGUCCCUGGGCUGCUUUUGAAGGAGGCGAGUGUACUAACCAAUGAACCACAGGGUUAACAAAUAACGCGAUAUAAUACGAAAAUUCUUUAUAUCGGGCUAAGAAAUCACUGAUCACAAAUCAUAGCAAAUUUUUCCAAAUCUUUUUGGUUAAGUCUGUUAACUUGACUGUGUAACAUUAAUUACCGUCAGGAUUCACAGGUAGAAAGUCAGCUUGUAUAACUGCAGGUUUUAUUCGACACAUAACUUUCAACAGGUAGUAGUUACAUUCUAAUCGCACUUUUAUCUUAAAGGACUUCAUAAUCGCACACGGCCGGGCGAUACCAGCCAAACUAAUAUAUAGAAGCGCUUGCUCGGCUUAGCUUCAGAAUACAUACUUUUCAUCGUUUAUACAGAUGCUGUUCGUUUAUACGGCUUAUCUUGACUUUUUUAGCCUAGUUAAGAUUCUCUGUGAGCCAAAUGAAUGCAGUUCCGACAUUUUGAGACCUGAGGCUGUCGCUUGUGUCGUGUCCACGUAGUUUGGUUUUCGCUUGCUUUUUCAACUGGGUUACUUGUUGACGCAUGCCUAGUGAUAUCAUAAAUUCUCAUUUUCUCCAAACUCCGGUUAGUGUUACGUGGCUUCGACGAAAGUAUCCUCUUACUAAUAUUGGCAUUGACAACCUGAUAACAUAACAAUUGAAUUUCAGUCUAGUUUUAGCUAAAGCUGAAACUAAAGAGGACCCGAAAUUUCAAGAAUGAAGUAAAUAUAUAUUAAAAGUGUGUUGAUUGAGUCUUGGCCAGUUGAGAGAUAAAGGGAUAUGUUUUUUACCGUAAAUCCUUUAUUAAGCCCCACGGGGACUUAUUUAUUUCAACCACGUUUGAAGGGAGGGGCGGGGUGUUUGAAGGGGGAUGGCGGGGUCGGGCUGAUUUAAUUUAGCGAAGAUGAAAGUAUCAGUUUUCCAUGAAAAUUUGAACGCAAAGUGGAAAAGCUCGGGCAGAUUUCUUGCACUUUGCACUUAAAAGUUGGAGAUCAUGUAGCGCAAGAUCAAAACCAAGUCCGAACUUCCAGCACGUGUGAAUAAAUCAUACCGGAUUUGUCUGCGUGGAGUGUUACAGUUUUGAUUAAUUGAUACAGUCUAUCAUUCAAGACUAGAGGGGACAUGGAUGGGGGCUUAAAAAGACGGGGGGGGUGCUUAUUUGAGAGAAGGGUCUUUUAAUAGAGGGUUUUCGGGUAUCUUGUCUUAAUAUCGGCGAUUUUCCAAUUAAGAGCAACUCCAUGCAAAUAUCGACCGAAGUGCGGCAAGGCUCAAAAAAUAAAAAUCGCUCUUCUUUUGCAUACUGAUAGACUUUAGUAAGUGUACAAACGCCAGGUAGUUUUUUCUUCGAAAGAUCUGUUCGUUUCCGAGAAAAACAAGAAAACCGUUUCAAGCCCCGCCGUCGAUUUCGCAAGCCGAAAACAGGGUUGAAAUUCACUAUGAUUCGCUCGACUUGCAUUUCAAAACCACCGCGCUAGAAAAAAAGCUUGUUGCUAAACUUGUAAGUACAACUCGUCGUUGACCAAAAUAUAUAAUAUUUUUAGCAUUACAACACUCUGAGUAAUUAUAAAAAAGCUAAAGCGUAUGUCUACCUGAUGUUCAACCACGGAAGGUAGUUGAAAAAAGCGACGAUUUUCGUCAUGUGCCUUUGAUCAGAAUUUUUCAAGAUUGAAAGGGAAAACUCUACAAGCAUCAAACUAUUGUGUUAUGUUAAAAUUAUUUUGGGGAAAUCAUUUUGAGCUUCUCAGAAAUUAUUUCAAAUUCGUGUUACAGACAACAUAAAAUAACGGCAUCCAACACGUGAGUCACACGACCACCACCAACAAUUUGACUUUAGGUUUCCGUUUAGAACGCUGGUAGCCUUGAUAUGUAGAACAAUUUUUUUAAAAAGCUCACCUUAACCUGUAUCUGUUGUACUUUAAGCUCCAAGUUGUUUCAUUUUGCCGUCUUAUCACCUAUGUUACCGUAGUCAUGAAGUCCGCUGGAAUGUGUGCCUUGGAGGUGCGUGACAGCUUUCUGGUAAUUUCUUCAUCCCUCUGUUUUCUCCCUGAAUGUUUUCAAGUUAACAUCUCAUGUUUGUUAAAAAUUUUGAGAACCCUGGACCUUAAAAAAGCCGUCUAUAAAAUAAAGCUCGGUAGUUUAACUGUCAACAAAGCAAAGUUGCUUGCUCGUGGAUCCGUUCACUUCAACUAAUCUCAUUUGCAUAGGAGUGUGCCAAGGGUCUACUUCCGGUAAAAUACACGUGACGAGCUUCACCGACUUUCACCCGUUUUUCCCAGUACACUGAAGAAGCUUCAUCUUUUAUAUUCCUCCUUCUUCAAAAAUACUCCAGUUGACAUUAUUUUACCUGAGAAUUAUCUUUAAUAUUUUGACAUUUUAGGCAUUUGAUUAACAUUAUCGAAUUAAAUUUAGUUUAAUUUGAUUCAACCGUUCAUUCCCACUUGAAAAAGAAAAAGAUCUCAGCAUAAACACUGUUUGUGUGCGCUCUUCUUCGAUGAAGCUAUGGAGGGUUCGUGCUCCUUCGAGUCAUCAGUAGGUACUCUGUGUUCGUUUUAUAGAAGGGAUAAGCAGAGAUCAACUGAGAUUGUUAAAUUGUCGCUAUCAAACUAUUUAGGACGUAACUGGGCAUAGAUCGACAUGGUCUCUUUCUAGCCAUUGAAAGCGAAACAGACUUUAUUUUAGCUCAGAACUGACCAGCCAGACCAUUCCCGUCGCAAUGAUAAUUUCCCUUUUAAUCAAACUCUUCAGCUAGAUCAGUCAAAUCCGAAACUGAGUAUGCUCGAAAGAGAACAUUUUUCGGCAAAACUCUUGGAAAAAUCCUAUUUCAUUUUCAAAAUGACUGGUCAGGCAAAGAUCCAGCCGGCCAGUUCUGACAAAUGGAAAGCGCCCUAAGUUCCUUUAAUAUAUGCCCUUUCCAUCUUUCUGAGCUCGGUAUUGGAUGGUGACGGAACAGUUAUUCCAAUUCGUGCCAAGUUCCAAAGGAAAGCGCCAAUCACAUAAUUGAAAGAAGAGGGACCAAAAAGCCGACAAAAGAGUUAGAGGAAGAACAUUUCAAAAUAUAUCUAUCAGCAAACCGGUAUCCUCAUUCCUGUAAGCUCAGGUACUCUUGGUUUAUUCACUGUAUUAUAUUCUUAUAAGUCGCUUAAAUUCAAUCCACGAAUACUGUAUAAAGUUUAUCAUAGUUGUCAACUCUCUUAGAUAACCCAGAGUCUCCUCGGUACCAAUCCACCUAAUCUGUCCGAUAAAAUAAACCUUUCAGUUUUUUUCUUAGUUUGAAAUUAAACCCGAUUUCCCCCAGAGAAAAUAUAUUUUUUUAAAAUUUAAAGAUCGUAGUCCAGUUCUGAUGGCAUUUGUUGUUGUCGUUUUAUUUUAUUCUAUUUUCUUACAUUUACUUCAAACGACUGACUUGUACCUCCUUCAAGACAACGUGUGGGGAUAUGGCGAAUGACGAAGCCAUUGACUUCAAGCUCAGAAGCAGAUGCGCUUGCCGAAUGUUACAAGAACGCUGGACACUGGGGAUCACGAAUAGAAAUCUUAUCUAUUACGAACGGACCAUUAGAAAAGUUAUUUUUUGAAAAUUUUUUUUUCGUUAUCAAAUUCCUUCUUGAAUUUUAGUUUUAGGCCGUAGCAUGAAUAUUUUUUAGGGUUAAUUGGCGUGCAUGACAUGUUUUUUCAUUUAAUUUUCCCUUUUGUACUUCGCCCGUCCCACCCCCAAUAAUGUUUCUUUCAAUUCACGAAAAGUGACAUUUACCACAGCAGAAAUUACAUUUGUCCUUUAAGGCACUCUGAAAUAACGCACGUGCAGGCCAGGAUUACCCACAGCCAACAACUUGGUUCCACUGGUGGUGAUGGGAAGAAAACAUGUACACAAUUUUUUGUUAAGACAUCUUUUGUUUUGAUAAUGCCCACGUCUCGAAGCAACGAAAAUCUUCAGUGAGGCUACCAAUUAAAUUCUUCAUUUUCAAAACGCAUGUUUUACGUUUGCUUUUCGCCUGCUUUUAGCGGAUCCACACCCCGGACCCCGGGAUCUUGACAGCUGUAAUCUGAUAUUACUGUUGAAAGUAAUUUGCAUACUGAGUCACAAACGUUCGCAUGGGCGCUUUAAAAUAUCCUUCAGAUUGGCGCUUCCUUCUGCGGUGUCCAGCAGCAUUUUGAGACAAACGUUUUUGACAGAUAAGGAAGAGAGCGUUUACUACGUGUUUACUAAGCGAUCUUCGUUAGAAAGCAUGCGUGUUGGUUAUGAGUCUCAGAGAGUUUAAUAUAGAAUGGCAAACUUGAACAGAUGGCAACGGGAAACAUUUUGCCGUGAAACUAGACCUGAAACAAAGAAUAGGGUAAGUACUUUAACAUUUAGAACUUUGUGCGUGAAUAUUACCAGGACUUUUUAGGAGAGACGUUAUGACCUUUGCCUGGUCGACUGACAAUGGUCACGCAUAUGUUAAAGAUGGCGUUACUUUAUGUUGUCUGUAAAACGAUUUUCAAAUAAUUUCUGACAAGCUCAAAAUGAUUUCCUCAAAAUAAUUUUUACAUAGCAUAAACGUUUGAUGGCUGUAGUGUAUUUCCCUUCAAUCUGAAAAAAUUCUGAUCAAAGGCACAUGAUGAAAAUCGUCGCUGUUUUCAACGACCUUUCGUCGCUAAAUAUCAGGUAGCCGUACGCUUUAGCUUUUUUAUAAUUACUCAUACUGAUGUAAUGCUAAAAAUAUUAUAUAGUUCGAUCAACGACGAGUUAAACUUAAAAUUUUAGCAAUAACUUUUUUCCCUAGCGCGAUUGUAUUGGAACGCGAGUCCAGCGAAUCAUGAUGAUUUCAACCCUGUUUUUGGCUUGCGAAAUCGCUUGUGGGGCUUGAAACGGUUUGCUUCGUUUUUCUCGGAAACGAAUAGAUCUUUCGAAGAAAAAACUACAUAGCGUUUGUAGACUUACUAAAGUGUACCAGUCUGCAAAAGAAGAGCGAUUUUGAUUUUUUGAGCCUUGCCACGAAUCGGCGAUUUUGGUCGAUUUUUGCAUGGAUUCGCUCUUAAAUUGUCUCUAAUUGUCAUGGAUAUAAGUGUUCCUGUUUGUCUGUUGUUUUUUCUACCCAGGUCACUCUCGACCCACAGCCGUUCCGGAAGUAGUGAGUCGCUGAGUGUAAUCAGACGCGGAUGCAGGAUUGACGAGAAUGCCAAGGCUAAGCGUUUGCACAAAAACCUGAGCCUGGGUCAUAGACUGUACGAGUUUUACCGUGCACCUAUCACUAAAUUCUGGGGAAAUGUGGUUUGUACUUAAUAUGUUAACGAGUUACAACGUGACAACGAUAUUUCCUCCGAAACUACUGUGAUCUGAAUUCCGCUUACUUUCGAAAAACUCUGAGAAUGAGGUUGAAGAAGCGCAAAACGUCGAUUUCUUAAUCACCGCUUUAUGUAGCUUUGCAAGAGAUCUGAGUGCGAGAUAGCGCUAGAUGAUAAAAGAUGACGUGCUAUUUUAAAAUGUUCUCUUGUGCGUACCUCUUCGUAAGCGGGUGUACGCCGGAAUAGAUUUUACCGUUUUUACUCGUCAUGCAUUAAAUGAAAUUUAACUGAUUACGAGAAACUUUGAAUGAAGAUGAAUGCAAUAAUUUUCCUUAUCCCCGAAAGCAAUAAAUGAAGGUUGGAACGCCCACCCACUCAGUGGAAGAGAUAUUUUAUGAGAUAUUUAACCAAAUCUGGAGCUCCUGACAUAGUGCCUUUCAAAAAAAAAACAUUUUUUAUGGCCGACCCAAAACCAAGAGGGAUGAACGAAAUAUGUUCAUUCAAGGAAGUGCCCGUAUACACUCGGAAGGGCGUAGUUGUAUUUAAAUACAAUUUUCAGUUGGAUACUCCAAAGGACCUCCUUUCCAUUUGCUUAACAAUUGCCUCUACUGUAUUUUACCCCCCAGAAAUUUAGAGGACUGUCUUUGUAAUUUUUUCUUGAUUCACCAUUUUCACAUUUCCGUAAUACAAAAAUUUUGCAGAAGUCUUCAAAUUUUCUUGGGACGACUUUAAAACCCAUGUGAAAAUUUGAUGGUAAACAAAGUGUAUUAUGGGAAAUGUUAAAAUGGUGACUGCAAAAGUUUCUCUAGUCGUUCUCGAUAUUACGUUGAAGCUCUUGAUUUCAGCUAAGUAUCUAGUUGUCUUAGCUGAGUUUACUUUCUCAUGACAGAUUAUGUACUUCGCGUUCCUGCUGGUAUUCUGUUACGUCAUUUUAGUUCGUCUUCCUCCCCACCCUCCCCCGUGUGAAAUGCUCCUGAUCAUCUUUGUGUUCACAUUGUUGACUGAGGAAGUAAGACAGGUAGGUAUUGCGAAAUAUUGGCAAAAAGGAUUUUUAGGUUUACGCCAGUUUUUGUUGUUGCGUUAUGGUUGUUGUGCUUGUGUUUGUUGAAGGUUAGUUUCUCGGCAUGAUUUUUUUUUCCAUGUCGAUCAUUUUCUAGUUCAGUUGAUAUUUUAUUUUAACACGUAUCAUCCAGCAGCUACAGUGUUAUAAUCCGACAAGCAGUAAAUUAAACAACGCGGAAACCGUUGGAAUCUUAAAAGAAAAAAAUGGCCGUUGCCGCUUUCGAUGUGAUUUGAUCCACUGUCUGAGGGGGGCUGCAAUUACAAGCUGAAUACGAGUUUGAAAAACAUUCGACUCUACGAUUGGCCUAUUGCCCAAAUCUCCUAGCUACCAUCCAAGAGAUUCCCACUUAGUUACUUUCUAGGGCUGAUACGUGCGCCUAAGGAUUUGAAGAGAACGCUCGGUUACCAAGACUUGACGAAUGCUGAUUGAGACCUGAAUCAAGACAGAACGCACUUUUAGCCUCCCUUUACGCAGGUCCGGACAAAUUCUUGAACGGACAAACAUAGACGUACGGCCCGGGGCAUUUUUGGGCAACCUAGAUUUUUUGGGCAGCAAGAAAAAUUUGGGCAUAGCCCGUUUUUAAAAAAGUUUUCAGAUCAAUUCUGGCAUAACUUUCUGUUUUAUCUGCAUAACUUUGUCGCAUCAUAUCGUAGAUUAUCGACUGUAGACUCUCGGGACAUCUCGGAAAUGUUCUCCUGUGUUGCUUAAGAUUCUGUUUUUUGUGCUCAUAUGAUAGAUUCAAAUGUAAGAAAAUUUCACUUCAUAUGAAGGCCUAUUUUAGUGCAUCGUAUGACCCUUGUUUCUCUUCGAUUUCCGAGAAAAGUUGAGUAACUUGCGGGAUUUUUUUGGGCAAAUGGUUCAUACCCCCUCCCCUGACAAAAAAUCGAUAGCCCUUACGCCUAUGCGGACAAAACUUGCACGGACCCGUCGUUUGUUUACACGCGGUUACCGCUGAACAGUGCAAGUUUUUGAACGGCAAACAGUACUGCAAUCUGUAACAGAAUUUCCACGGUUCCGUGUGAACAGGUUGCACAAGUAAAAAAUUCGUCCCUUCAAAAAUUUGUCCGGACCCCUGUAAACGGGGUCUCGGUCAUUUCUUCGAGAAAUAUACAGGGAGAACUGACAAGACAAGACAAAAGUCUACUUUUAUAGUGUGAGUAAAUCACUUUAUUAGACGAAAAUUUUCCUUUAUUAAGUCGAAACCGUUUUUUUAUAGCUCAUGGUGCGAACUGCUUUGGCCCUAGGAAUUUUACCGUUUUUUAGUGUUCUGUUGGCUUCUGACCUCGUCUCUCGGGCAGUCUUAGCAAGAUUUACGAUUUGGGCCUUGAAAUCUCGUCAACUCCUGUUUGCCUUUAACCCCAGGUUAAUCAAUACUGUUAAUAAAUCGCCUUCUUAUUUCGCAGAUGCUUCAUUCGGAGGCCAUAACUCUCAAUAAAAAGAUCAAAAAAUGGGCAUCGAGUAAAUGGAACUUGUGUGACGCUUGUGCUGUGGUUCUGUUUUUUAUUGCUGUUGGUUUCCGUAUUCACCCUGGUACAAGAGCAAUUGGUCACACGCUCUACUGCCUCGAUAUCAUGCUGUGGAUCAUCCGGGUACUUGACAUUUUCUCCGUCAGCAAAAUCCUGGGACCUUAUGUUGUCAUGAUUGGUCGAAUGGUAGGUAUGGAUUAGCCGUAACAGAAGUACCUUUAUGGUACCACCGAGGGCGCAUAAUCAGAUGCAGCAAGCCUUCUGUUUGUCAUUUCAGAUGUACAAAAGCAGAGAGUUCAUUUCAGUUGAUAGAAAAUUCGUUUUUGCCCUACAGUUUACUUAUGAGCAUAUCAUAACAUGAAGGAGCAUAAUUUCUCUGUUGCAGUACGCUAUAUAGGCAGACAGGUAAAGUGUCUACUCGAUCUAUUCGUUUUGCGUCUAUCAUGAGUACGAACUACAGAAAAUAGUACGAGCAGACGCAUGUCACUUGUCACUGUUUCCGGAGCUGGUCUUUAUCCUAGACGACUAAUACGAGACGCACAAUCAAACUCUUACCUCCCCUUCCUCCUCCCCUGACUUUCCAUUGUGUCAUGGCCCUCGCUACCAUAGUUAGUAGAGGAGACUGGUUAGGAAAGCCUGCAAACAUCAAAGUUGAAAACAACGGUGCUGGAGCCAGUUUAUGUUGGAAGCUCCCUGACCGUGCAUGAUCCUUUGUUCACAAAUUGUGACUUAAUAAAUCAAUGCGACGUUUCUAUUGAUCAAUAACUUCAAAAUGAUAGAAAUGCUAUUGAACGUUGUGCACGGUCAGGUCCAAAAAAGCUAUGAAAAACCUAUAGCUAAGGGUUUCCCAUCCAUUCCACUUUAAUUAACUAUGUCGCUACUGCGUUAUUAAGUGAUUGACAUUGCUUCUUUUUUUUUGCAGACAAUUGACAUGGCGUAUUUUCUGCUAAUCAUGGUGGUAUUUCUGAUGGCCUACGGAGUAGCACAGCAAGGGAUCUUAUUUCCUCAAGAGACUGGUUCCUGGGGCCUUAUCUCCAAAGUGUUCUUUAGACCCUACUUUCAAGUCUACGGGGAAUUGUUCAUCGAGGACAAUGUUUAUAAUGGUUAGUAUGUUUCGUCUUGAUACAAGCCCUAUUUCCUUGUCGUUUGUCGGGUUACCUUCCAAGAUAAAAGACUUUAUUAGCUCGAAAGAAAUGUUAAAAAGUAGUAGUCUAGUUUUGUUAACCCAUCCACCCACACCUGAAACACCCGACACUUGAGGUAUUUAUUAUGGAAAACCGAUCUUAGUACGAGGAAGAACGGAUGGGUUAUAACUAUUAUCAUGUAGAGAAUUGAACUGAAACUUGUUCAUUUUGUCACAAGCGUGACCAUGUUGUAGGUUCCUUUGUAAAGUGCGGUCUUUAUUCUUCUAGGAUCAGCAAUCGUAGAGAGCAUCUGUUGAAUUAAUAAUAAGGUUGGGCACGAAAAUAAGUUUCAGUGGCUAGAGCGCACAACUAUUUAAAAUUCUAAGGGAGAUAAGCAAUCUUUGGCCCUGUUAUGGGUCAUACACACAGAUAAAUUGGUUAGUACCCAACCCUCCUCAGGGAUGUGGAUUUGUGAAUGCAUGUAUUAGGGAUAAACAACAUUCGUCCAUCAAUAUAUUCUCUUGGUGAGGGUUGACGCCAGAUUUUCUAACAUUUUUUUCUUGUAGAUAAGGAAACCACAGCUUUCAACACCCCCCGUCAUGAUGAAUUUGGUGGCACACUGGUGACUGUCAUCAUGGCUUUGUUUUUGUUGGUGGCUAAUAUUCUGCUGCUUAAUUUGCUCAUCGCUAUCUUCAAGUAAGCGAAUUAUUAACCGUGACUUUUUACAGCACGUGUUAUCGUUAAGACUCAGUUUGGUCACUCGCUUUACCUCUCAAAGCGCCUUUCAUCGUCAUUAACAUCAUCGUCAUCAUCACCAUCAUCAUCACCAUCAUCAUCAUUAUCAUCAUCAUCAUCAUCAUCAAAAUAACAGCUACAACUUAUGCUGUGCUACGCAGUGGGUGUUUUACAUAAACAGCGGCAAGAAAAUGCUACAUGUUUUGAGUUUACAGAUUACUACAUCAUCACAAAAACACAGAUGGUUCAAAAACGCCCUUGUUUCAUUUCUCUUUUUUGUAUUUUCCUUUUUCUGAACAAAAGUUCAUUGGUUGAUAUUUUGCUGAAUUAAGGUUGCCAACCAAAUUGAUUUUCCUCGUUGUUUGUUUCCUUAGCAACACAUUCUCCAAUGUUCAAGCUAAUUCAAACCAGAUCUGGAAAUUUCAGCGGUAUCAUCUUAUCAUGGAGUAUGCGCACAGACCUCUCCUUGUGCCGCCGUUUAUUAUCAUCAACCAUAUCUACCUUCUCUACAAAGCUUGCUUUAAACGACGGUGCUGCAAAAAGCGCAGCAAACUACAGAGAAGAAGGACAGAUAAAAAGCUAAGUUAGUUCCUUUUUCUUCUAUUGAAUAUUCUUAACUUGUGUCAAAGAGAAGUAUGGUAGCCAGUAGCUAUUUUGUAAUAGAGAUUCAAGUGCUUAACUUUCAAUUCAGAUUCCCAGGAAACAAAUUAACUGUUUCCCUCGGGUCCAGUCAUUAAGUAUUUAUAGUUAUAGGUACAGCACCUGUUCUCUUGGUAAGUCUGAUUAUAGGCAAAUGCUGUUUGGCCAAUAAUAAAGUCAACAAUCAGUGAGUACCAAGGACCUGAAAGAGGAAUAUAUCAAUAUAAAUAGUUACUGAGCUGCUCCCGCUCCAAUCUCCUCCUCGCAGUUUUACUGCCCUCGCCCACCUUUGCCAUCCUUGGCUUGUUUACGCGCCCCACCAAAACAGCCAUGCUACGCAGGCUAAUAGUUAUGCUUGAAAUUUGAGAUUUUACACACUUCUAGGUAAAAUUGAUUUCUUUCCCCUGGUUUGCAAUCAGUUCUCACGGUAUGAACUCUACCUUACAGAACUCUUUCUAGAGAAACAGGAUGUUCACAAGUUAAUGUUGUUCGAAGAACAAUGUACGGAAAGUUAUCUUCAACAAAAAGACACUUUGUUUCACGCUACUCCUGAGGAAAGGGUACGAGCUAUUGGAACAAGGUAACAUGAUCAAACUACAAUAUAAUUUUAAAAUAUUUGACGUGUAGUUUAUUGUUAUUUACUUUGAAUUAGAACGUGAUUUUUUUUCUUAAGUUACCGUAAAAUUCCUAAAAUAAGCCCCGGGGCAUAUAGUUUUCAAAGGCCCUUUUAAGGGGCUUAUUUUUGAGAGGCUUAUCUACGGAGGGAAAUUUGCGUUUUAAAAUCGAUCGGGCUAGCCUUAUAGUUGGAAAUAAAUUUAUCGUUUUUACUUUGUUUUAAUUUGUACUUGAGGACAAUUUUCCAAGUACAAGCCCCGAGGGGGGCUUAUAUUUGGAGGGGCGAUUUAACGGAGGGUUUUCUUGCGUUACCGGUUUGGGGGACUUAUAUUUGGAGGGGCUUAUUUUCGGAAUUUUACGGUAGCCUGUUUUUUACGGACACUGGUUAAUACGGACAAUCUGACCCGAGUGGUGUUAUGCACUGGUUAAUACGGCCAAUCUGACACGAAUGAUGUGUUUUUAAACAAAGUAAGCCUCGCUUUACUUACACUUGUGGCUGCACACUAUAUAUAUCUCACUGGGAACCCCAGCAGAAGGGGAAACAGUCUAUCAGCUUGGCUUGGCUAGGCCGCAAAGUGGAAACGAUAGUAAAUGUUACGUCCUACUUGAAACUAUUACCUUGUCGCGUUUGAGACACUGAGCGAACAUAUAUUUCAGUGCGAAACUAUUUCAACGACUGAAAGUUUGAUAGUGCAAAAGUUAUAGUUGAACGUCCCCUUGUAUUUCAGACAGAUACUUCGGUAUUUGUAACGAUUAAACGGGCGUCCGUGAAGUGCUUUUUUAAGAGUCCGCUUUUAAUUACCGGCCCGGAUAAUACGGACACUAUGACAUGACCCUUUGGUGUCCGUAUUAACCGGGUUCCACAGUUCGAAAAAUUUAGACCUCCAACUGUGAAAGUAAAAAGAGGUUUCACCUGUCAUUUCUUGCCAGUGAAUCCAGGGUAAUUGCCAUACAACUGUCGGCACAUAACACAAUAUUGAGUUAUUUGAUUAUUCCAAAUAUUUUAUUAUUACAUUUUUUUGUCAGAGUUGAACUUAUCAACAGUCAUCUCAGAGAAACCAGUCGCGAAAAUGAGACAAAAGUGGAGCAAAUUACUAAAAAGGUGAAUACUAUAGAAGAGCGCUUGUCUCGUAUGGAAGAGUAUACAAUACAAGUACUAGACAUGCUCGCGAACAUUCGCGAUCCACACACCUCCCCUUCUGGGGAAACAGAAGAUGCGUCUGGAGAGGGUGACGCGUGGAAGAGUGAAUCAGAGGAAAUGAUAUCAAGGAGGCUUCCCCAAAGAAUGUUUAGCCGGAUGAUGAGUGUCCCGGCUUAUGUACACCGAGCGAACCAUGCCGGCACCAGCUCAAGCCUUCGCUCUACGCCGAUGUAUUUCAGACACAAAGUGCCUCAUAGCAACCCCUACCCUUCUUGGUAUCGUCAAGCUUCGAAUUAUGGUAACUGGCGUCGUAAAAGCCUCCAGAAAGCUAUUCGGAAGUUUAAAAGAAGUAAUACGGCUAUUAUACAAGAUGAACCUUUGUUGUCCUCCGAAAGUCAGUCGGCGAAGGAAAGUACACAGAUGUUGCACAAUCCUCCAAGGCAGCCACCACUGAGACGAUCAGAUAGCGAGGGCGCAACUCAGUUACAAGGUUUGUUUGACUGUUAAACGUGUUACGGAUCAUUAAAAAUCCUUAGUUUCACACCAAUGAUAUCAUAUGACUGGACAACGGCAAAGGCGAGUAUCUUCUACCUGUACAGAGGUUACGAUGGAGAAUGUGGAUAAUCAUAUUCCACCAUCUCUUUGCAUAGAGUGUUAAACAAAAACUUCUUUGUACUGAAGCUUUUCGAGUGGUUUGUAAACCCAAUCUGAUUAAGCACUGCCAAUACAGUAAUCAAAUGUAGGUGCGCCGGUAUGAACGUGUACACUUAAGCCAGGUGGGUUCGAAGCUUUUUCUUAUGGGACACAGUAGCUUCUGUUCCUGUUCUUGUUUAGUUCGUUUGCCUUUGCCUUUUUCGCCAUCUUUGGCGUUGUUCCUAGCCGAUAUUUUGCUUUGCGUGUUAGCUUCUCAGUUUUUUUUUCUAGGCAACACCGCUAUCCAUGGUAAGUCUCCUGGACGCAGGCGCUCUAACACACUCCCUUCCUAUGUGCAGUUCAGCGACGCAUUUGCGGCCGCUAGGAGACUAGGGCUCCACGUGCAAGCGAGGCAAUCACCUUAUCCAAAAAGCAACCAACAACGAUACCCGGUUCCGGAUUUCCUGGUUGACUGGGAUGUAAGUCAAUAUUUUCGACUUUGUACCAUAUUAUAACAGAUCAUUUCAAUUAGCCCAGUAUAUUUGAUAAUGCCUCAGUCUAGAAUAUUAUCAGAGAUUAGAGAAGCACUGACUGACAGCACCCUAGCAGAUCCUAACUCUUCUUCUGAUAUGUGCAAUUCGAUCGUAAGUUUACUGCUUUUGAUUUCUCCGUAAUGUAGCUAUGUGGCAUGGCAGGAGUAGCUUGGUGAUUAAGUCAAAAUUCCUUCUCUUUAACGAGAAAGGCAAAAUGAAAGUAAUUUUUAGGAAAAGAAAACCGAACCUACAAUGCAGGACUAUUUUUCGGGCGAACUAGCGCCCAAUGUUUCCUUCGAAUUGUCGCCUAUUUUGGGAAGACCGUUUUAGUAAGAGCAGAAUUUGCGAGAAUAGGAGAAUCUUUGUUUACAGUUUUUGCCUCAUUAACGUGAACUUAUUAUUUUCUUACUACAUGAUUAUAACACCAUUCAAGUUUGUCUACCCGUGCUUUCUUCUGUAUUUGCUGUGUUAUUUUUACCUUCCCGGCCUUAAAUGUUUUGAGCUGUUAUUUCUAUGUUUCACUCAAUUUCAAUUAGUGACGCCGCGGUUUCCGGUGUUUGAAUUUUGAUAAAUUUCGGGACACAGCUCCUUUAACAUUUUUGCCACCCAGCAAUUGUAGCUUGCAAAGAGCUGAAAAUUGCGCCAAUUGUUCACGUCGACCAGCUCCUUUAACUUUUGAGUGACUUUGCUUUAAGUCGUAUGCUGAUGAGGAAAAUGCAAACAAUGACGUGAGCAAAUUUUCUCGCAUUAGUCACUGAAAACGGUACCGUGUGUCUGUCCGCCAUGUUGAUUUCGUCUAAUCUCGUGCGCGGUAUAGACUGGAUCUAACACCGUAAAAAUGCCAUUGCCAAAACCUCCGUUUUUUCCACCCACACGAGUACAACAAAAUAGUGUUUUCAAAAAUCUCCACUCUGGAAAGUAUUUUUGAAAAGAUGCGUUUUCGGUAACCGUUUUCGCCUGAUACGUGUGGACGGUAGGACAAACUGGAGGGGAAACAAAUCUUGUACAAAUACCUGUGGGCUGGGAUCAGUGACUCGUGUACCACCACAACCCCAUCGAAUUCUAGUGCUCUUGUGCCAACCCCCCGCCCCAGUGCCCACAAAACCAAUUUAAAACAGAGCUAAGUAUGCUGUUGAUAAAGUGGAUCAAAUAAUCCAGGCCGAGUUUUACCUACUCUUAACCUACGUCAUUAUUUGUUUAGAUGCCGUUUCCAGGAUAUGCUCCUCCAAAUUAUACAGCGUUUGAAGUGAUGAGUCAGGCUGACUGGGCGGACAUCGAUAUCUUGGAGUAAGAACGAUUUAAUUAUCUUUACGUCAAUAAACAUGCGUUAAAUUUGACCUGAAAAAUCUUAAUUUUUAUCUUUCAAAGAAAAAGAUACCUUCUAUAUUACACCGUUUAUAACAGGAAUCUUGCAACAUGCGUUUCUUUAACAAUCCCCUAACCUGUUCCAGGCCUCCAGGUAGUAGAGAGUGGCGCGAAAUGGAGAGUGGAGGAGAAAGAAAGGAAGAAAGAAAGGAAUCGGGAGAGAGGAGGGAACUCCCUCUAUCCCCAACCCCUCGCUGUGUUUUCCUGUUCAGUGUUCUUUACGCCGUAACCAUUAACUGAAUGCCCCCAAAAUUUUCCUACCAGGGAGUUGUCAUGAGAAUGCUGUAGAGGAUCGCCCCUGAUAUUAGCAAACGUUUUUACCAAUGCGUUUGAUUUAUGCGCUUAAAGGCAGGCGAGUUGCUGCCUGUCAGAAGUUCAUCAUAAAUGCACGGCAACAUCCAUCCACGGAGACCCAGGAGCUGCUAGUCGGGACGAUAGAAUGCUCGUGGUGAAAGUUUACUAUAAGAUCGAGACGAGCCUCUGAGCACUUACUCUUACCGCACCAGUUCCAGAAACGUUUGAAGCGCCUGCUUCUGAUUGGCCAGAAAAAAAAACAAUUUCUGGUCAAUCAGCGAAGCCGGACGACUCUAGUUUUUUCUUACACGACGAGGAAAGUUUCCUAACCAAAUGUUGACGAAGCCGGAAAGGUUAGAAAGUUUCAGAAGUCGUGCAACGAACAUGGAGAUCUAAAAUGUAAGCUUGGCGUUAUAUACUAGACAAUGUGAACAAGGUGUGGGGCUCUUCUCGACCUUAUAGUAAACUUUCACCACGAACAUUCUAUCGUCCCGACUGAUUGCCCCUAGGUCUCCGAGGAUGGGCAACCUCCUCCCCUCAUGAAACUGAGUUACCCCCUCCCCCAUGUAGCAUGAGUCUGAAUACUCUCUUCGUUCCCGCAAUCCGAGACCCGCACUUGGUCGGAAUAAUAAACUAAAUGAUAUUGUUACUGUCAAACAUUAAGAUAUUGUGUAAUUGUGUAUACUUAUUGCUGGCCUACCAAGCAAUUCAAUCAAUGGUGAAAUUGGGUAAAAUAAACAAGCAUCUAUCUAUCUCUCUAUCUGUCUAUCUAUGCGCGUUUUUUUAUUAUUAUUAUUAUUAUUUGCAGAAAAUGUUAGCACUUUCUCAUCUUAGACCUCAAAAAAUAUCCGUAGAAAUUCCCAGUUAAUAGCCGCUUCCUAUGGCUUUUGGUAGGAAGUAACAUUCUCUUUUUUUUUAUUCUAUUAAUAUUAUUACUAUUAUGUCUUUAGACCAGCGUAUAAACAUGUAGAACUAAAUUUCAACGAUGUUGGUAGAGGUGUGGACAGAAGAAGCUAUCAAGGUGUUUAUGAAGUCGUUAAUGGUGUACCACGGUAAGUUAAACAUAUUUAACAUUAUUAGAGCAAAAUCGAAGUCAAUCCAAGGUCAAAUAAGGCGCAUUGGUUAUGAAGUCCGCCAUACGAUCGAUCCGCGAUAACUCGACUCGGAUAACCCGAACUUUCCGCUAACUCGAACUAAAUCCCAUUUCCCACCCCACUUUUCAGUUAUUUUCACUCGGUUAACUCGAAUUCCCCUCUAAGUCCAAUUACUUAAGAAACACAUCAAGAAACGAGAAAGGAAGUGGAGCCGAAAUGCGUCCCGCAAUUGUUUCUGGGAUAGUUACUAGGGACGCACCCGUCAGUUAUUGGUUAUAUUUCCCCUGUCCCUAGCUACAGUCCCAGAAGUCUUUGCAAAAGUUAACUCGACCCUGGGGCCCGUUUCUCGAAAGACCCGGAAAUUUUUCGGGCCCCAAGGCAAAUUUUAAAUUCAAAACCUGUUGAUUAUUAGCACAGUUCCUAGCCCACAAACCAGUUAAACUUGCUUCGAUAACUGCUAGUUUCAUUAUAUUAUUUUCAAAAUUAUUGAAACUGUGAUCUUAAAUGCAAACACAACAAACAUAAAACAGUUACCGGAACUUUCGAGAAACAGGCCCUCGUUUUCUGCUCAGUUUCUAAAGUGAUGAAUGUGUAAAAAGUGCUGUCAGGAGCUCUCGAUAGACACAGCAUCUUUUUUUAAUUUGGCUUUUAUUAACACUGCCCUCUACUAACAAUGAUAAUCGCAAAGGCCGAUGUUCUGCGCUCUGACCCGCAUAGGAACCAGGAACGUUAUCCUUUAUAACAUGUUGACCUUAAUUUAUGUAACCUAUCACACCACACCUUACACUAUAACAUUUUAACACUUUUAAUCGCAUCUCCAUCAGCGUAACAGUUUAUAUGAAUAUAUGCGUUACUGUAAAUAUUGUAAGGAAAAAACUACCCACUGGUAACUACAGGUCUCUAUACCUAGCAACCUGCUUUGAAUGAUUUUGGCAAGCAGAAUUGACCUUUUAUAAUUCACCAUAUUAUCUAUCUCAUAUAAACUGUGACGUAUUAUGAAUUUGUUUUGUUUUCUUUUUUUCAUAGAAAUCCAAUGGGCCGCACGGGAAUUGCUGGAAGGGGCCUUCUGGGACGCUGGGGACCAAACCAUGCCGCUGACCCUAUUGUAACGAGGUAAAUAAUGUACUAUUACACGUCGUAAACAGAUUAAAUAUAUUUGAACAAUGAAGUUAUGAAAGUUCAAUUCACAAGUGGCAUUUUGAGUGUAAACUUACGUUGGGUAGUUCAACAGACGCGCAACUGAAACUCUGCGAUGUGUACAGACUACUAUCAACGACUCACUUUAGAAAGCUGGUUUAGUAACUUAGAACAAACGCCACUGAAUCGUAGUCAACAGUUACCGGCGCCGUACAAACGACUUAUUGACGAAAUCAAGCAAAACUAACUACAAGAAAGGACUGGACAACUGACAAUUUGACUAACAAUAAACAACUGUUUAACUGUGACAACUACCGCACAGAUUGUCGAAAUGUCAUUCACUGUCAACAACAACAGUCCUGUUCAGGAUUACGUUCACCCGGACGAUCAUACUCAACCUACUUAUGAUAUGACUCUGGGUUCAAACCUUUCACUGAAAAUAAUACAUCAUGCAAAGCUCCUAAACGACACUACGGCCAAAAAGUAUUUUCGCUACGUCUUACAUAACUCAAAGGUGCGCUACACUUAGACUUUCUUACCUUCAUUUCCUGUCUCCUACUUCACGUGAAUUUACUUUUAUGAAAUCCAUAGGAAAUUCGAGUCACUUGCAAUCAGGUUGCCUAAACUGUCAAAGGUAAAACUUUCUUUUGGACGCAAAUCUCACCCCUAACACGGCCAGAAAUAAACCCAAGUGAACAAAAAUCCAUUCAAAAUUCCUAAAAGAUGGUAGUAUUAUGGGUAGUUCAAGACACCAUCAGCACUCGGAUCCCCUGGUUAACGUAGAAAAAAAUGGUUAAAAGAAACCACGACCAGUCAGCAGAGCAAGAGACUGAAUAGCGGACCCUCAUCUCUACCAAUGCAGCUGUUCACGGUGUGCUCGCUUUAGGUGACUCCAGCUAAUUCUCAGUGUUAAGAAUUAUGUUCACUCCGCAAUAUGUAUGUUUCCGCUUUUCACAGAUGGAAAAAAACUCCCGAAGGAACGGUGAUGGAACGUUUUGGCAAGAGUGUCUUAGAAUUUGUAGCCAUCCAAAGACGGGACAAUCUACAAUGGGCUUUACCAGGAGUGAGUUAAGGGGUUAAUGUUAUUUUUAUUUCUUCAGCUAGGGCUUCGUAGUCUCAUUUCCGUAUUUUUGUUUUUUGGUUGUCCUGAUGCGGUAUAUGGUCAUUAUACGGGCUACCACAAAAGAGUACAAAGGUUACGCACAAUAUUACAAUGCAAAUACUUUACACUGAAAAGUGACAAAAACUGACGCAGUACAGCUGAGUUUGUCCAUUUUAUCAGCGUGACCUGGCAGCUGGGUUUAAAUAUAUUGCGCUAAUAAAGACGACUGUAUUUGUUAGGGAAUGGUUGAAGUGGAUGAUACCGUUUCUAAAACCCUUAGAAAGGAGUUUUGUGAGGAAGCUUUGUGUUCUGAAGGAGCUACUCAGGAGGAAAGACAACUAAUAACUGAAAACCUUGAACAACUUUUCUCCAAUGGCAUCGCGGUAAGUAAGAGGCGCGAAACCAUGAGAUAAACAAGCUAAAGCUUCGGUCAUGGUUGAGAAGUUAUAGUAAUCGUCAUCAUGAUGAUAAUGAUGAUAAUAAUACUAAUAAUAAUAACAAUAAUAAUGAUAAUAAUAAUAAUAAUAAUAAAUAUGAUAAUAAAUUUGUUGCAGUUAAAUGAUAAUGAUCAUAGUAAUAGAAAUAAUAAAAAUAAUAACAAUGGUUAUUGUAACAAUAGUAAUAAUAAAUGACAGAUAUGACAAAUUCGUUGCAGUUAGAUGUAACAACACUGGCGACCCUAAGAAAGGGAUAAGCAUGCAUUAAAUCCCGUUUUUCAGUUCCUGAAUUUACGUUUUAUGACGUCGCACAUGAGCUUGUCAAUUUGUUGUCAGGUAACACAACAUAAAAAGUUUUAUGUUAUGAGCACUUUAACUUUAAAUUGUUGAAAUAAUUUAAUUUUUAGGUCUACAAGGGAUAUGUCGACGACCCUCGCAACACGGACAAUGCAUGGAUUGAGACUGUAGCAAUGAAUUAUCACGAUGACACAGGAAAUAUUCUUGACAACAUUCAAUUAAAAGUAUGUAUACUUACAAAAAUCACCGGGCCUUCGUUACAGGGAAUCAAUGGAUUUUUCUUUCAUUCGCUCGAUUUUGACAUACUCGCGAGAGACUCAGCUGAACUACUCUGCAUGAAUCUAUUUCAUGAAUUAAUACAGUUUCGAACCCGGGCGUAAUGGCCAUGCGCUUGGUACAGCGCUUCGGGCACAGUUUCUGACUAUCGGUUUAUCAAUACAUGGAUGCUCGCACUAGGAAACCCAGUUUGACGAGACAAAACAAGAUUAAGUAGUCCAGGCUGUGCUAGCAGGAUGGGCUACGCUUCUGGUGGCAUGGAACGUUGUAACGUGAAAUCAAGAAUAAAAGCUGAAAGAAAAGCUUUCUUUGAGUCCGUGGGAAUUUGCACUGAGUGUCAAUUCGAAAGAUAAAUUUUUUGUUUUAGGUUUUUCUACCUUUAUUUUGCUUCAGUUGGUAACAGACAUGAGAUUUCUUUAUUUUUGACAGAAAUUUGAAGGUAUCACGAUCGUUUCCUUUGUAAUUAAACUCAGUUGAUGAUAAUAUGAACUAUUCAAGGCACUGAAAAAACAGACAAGAUGAUCCAAAAACAGUAGAUUCUUGAAAUUUCAGUGUAUUCAAAAGUAUGUUACAUAAGUAAUAUUGAAUAUUGACUACUAAAAUACAAAGAACUAGUUGAUGAAGUAGAUUUGGUACCGUAGCUAAAGGGGACUGAGAAGCUGGCGUUUCGAGCGCUAGUAUUCGCCUGAGCGAAAACCAUAAACCAACCACACAACACCACUGAUUCCUGUAAGCUAAAACCUCUUCUUGCAUCUGUUUUUUGAAAGGCUGGUGAUGACGCCUGCGGUGUCCAAUGGCAGGAGGUCAGUGGUCAGCUCAGUUUAUAUGCCAAUCAUAUCUUCUUGCUGGAGAAAGUCGCAGAGCUGCAUGCUGCAUACUACUAACGGAAAAGACAGCGUGAAUACCUUGUCUGAAAAUAAAGGACUUGCCUAGAAACUUUGAUCGAAGUUACAGAUGUAAAACAAGGUCCAAAAUAUGUCUUGUACAGUCGAACCUCUCUAAUUCGGACAACGAAGGGACAGAGUGAAGUGUCCAUAUUAGAGAGGUGUCCGUAUUAAAGAGGUCACUACGAUGACGUCACUUUUAUAACUCCUCUUACAGUUUUAUGUGUUCAGUAGCUAAAAACCAGGCUUACACUCGUCUUUAAAGUGCAUUUAAGUUUAUUAAUUCACAGUACAAAGACACUAUCUUUCAAUAGCAUACAACAUUGUACAUAUCAGCUGCGUACUGGUACAGUCGUAGAAAAAUCACUGUUUCAAAACGAAACUAGCUACUGCGCAAUGCUGCAUGUAAAAAGUUGGAACGUAAAGCACAAUAUUUUGCAAGUUCAGUAAACGGUAACUAGAGUACAAAAUGUAAUAGAAAAGGUGUUUAUGCUAUCUGUAGUUAUUCAAGCCUUAUAAAAGUCGGUUAUGUUCCUCUGUACACCUUUUGCAAAUUUUCGUUUGAUAUACAGCGACAGGCUUUUGAAGUCACCUUGCAUAGCUCAUCAACCAGACGGGAUUCACCUGAUCUCGACUCGGGAUUCACCUGAUCACAGUGUCCGUAAUAAAGAGGUUAAGUUUAUACGAAUUUACUCUCUUUUGCCGAGAUUUAGUGUCCGUUGUCCGUAUUAGAGAGAGUCCGUAUUAUAGAGGUUUUCUUUUAAGAAAAUGUAUGAGAAUUUUGUCGGUACAUUGGAAACUGUCCGUAAUGUAGAGGUGUCCGUAUUAGAGACGUGUCCGUACCGAGAGGUUCGACUGUA